AGAGAGGAGACAUUGCUGGAACUGGCAGCAGAGGAGAGAAGCAUCCUGUAUGGAUCACAUGACCACCACAAUGAGGAUGGAGGAGGACCACAGUCACAUGACUGAGAAGAUAAUAAACCUCACCCUGAAGAUCAUCUACCUGCUGACCGGAGAGAGUUUUUCUCCUAUGAAGUCCGGUGACCAGGUGACCUUCACAUUGCCUCCACCACUCACCCUGACACCAGAGGAAAACAGCAAGCAGAAGAUUGUAGAAAUCACCAGUAGGAUCACUGAGCUGCUGACAGGAGAGGUUCCUAUAAGGUGUCAGGAUGUCACUGUCUAUUUCUCCAUGGAGGAGUGGGAGUAUUUAGAAGGACACAAGGAUCUCUACAAGGAAAUCAAGAUGGAGAAUCAGGAGAUCCUCAUAUCACCGGAUGAAUACGAUGUCUUCCAUACCUCGGAGAGAUAUCCAGAUUAUAAUGGAGUAGACAUCGGGACGGUACGACGUUCUCCAGAAGUGAAGCACACGGCUCACACACCUAGCAAUACAGAUAGACCAGAAGAUCCUCUCAAUGUUCUUCCUCAUCAGUUCCAUACGGCCACCCCAAAUACAUAUCCAGCCAGUCCAGCAGAUCCCUUGAACCCUGAGAACCCUUUUGAUAAGUUCCAUGCUUUCACCUUGAAUAUCCUUCCAAUAACUCCCGUUGAACGUAAGACACCAGAUGCCAUAAUGCUCAAGGACUCUCCUCACGGCAAUUCCGAUAUUAUUAUACACAAAGGUGAAGAGAUCCUUCCAUAUAUUAAUGAUAAAAAAUGCCCAACGUCAACAUCAACUCUUACCGAGCAUCAGAAGACGAACCCGGGAGAGCGGCCUUUUUCCUGUUCCGAGUGCGGGAAAUGUUUUAACACAAAAUCCCAUCUUGUCUUUCACAAAAAAAUUCACAGCGGAGUGCGCCCUUACCUGUGUUCGGAGUGCGGGAAACGUUUCAUCUGUAAAUCCCAUCUUACUAGACACGUCAGUCAACACACAGGCGUGCGCCCCUAUCCCUGUCCGGAGUGCGGGAAAUCUUUCAUAGGCAAAGGCGACCUGGUCAGUCAUUUGAGAUACCACACGGGGGAAAGACCCUUUGUGUGCACAGAGUGCGGCCAGUCUUUCAUGCAGAGGGGCCACCUGAGGAGGCAUCUCAGGAUUCACACGGGCGAGAAACCUUUUUCGUGUUCCGAGUGCGGGAAAUGUUUUUCUUGGAAGGAUACGCUUAUCAAACACCAGCGGACCCAUGUGGGAAAAAAAACGUACACGUGUAGGACAUGCGAGAAGACCUUUGCGCUCAGAGGUCUGCUUAUCUUACACCAGCGAACUCAUGCAGGGGAGCAGCCAACACAGUCAGCGUGUGGGAAACCCUUAGGAUCAAAACCAAAGCUUCAGGAGAAUCAAAAUUCCACUAUGGCUGGGGUGACCUCUUCAUGCUCCGAGAGUGAGGAACUGUUCAUAAAGACGUUGAAUAUUGUUAAACAGGAAGAAAUUCAUUCCCCCAACGAGCCCUCUGAGCAAGAAAACAGUUUCCCGGAGAAGGAAAGCCCGGAUACCGACGUCAAAGUUGAAAUCGGGGAGAAGCCGUACUCCUGUGCAGAGUGCGGGAAAUGUUACAGUAAAAAAAGACACCUCCUUAUACACCAGAGAAUUCACACUGGGGAGCUUCCCUUUACAUGCACAGAGUGCGGGAAGAGUUUCAACGAGAAGAGAUACCUUACGAAUCAUCAGAAUAGUCAUACGGGCAAGCGCGCUUUUUCGUGCUCGGAGUGCGGGAAAGGGUUCACCUGGAAAGAGAGUCUUAUAAGGCACAAGAAAUUUCACAGUGGAGUUCGCCCGUAUGCCUGUUCAGACUGCGGGAAAAGCUUCACCCUGAAAGGGGACCUUCUUAGACACCAGAGAACCCACACGGACAUGCUUCUUCAUUCCUGUUCAGAGUGCGGGAAGUCUUUCCGCCUCAAAAAAUAUCUUAUUAAGCAUCAGAAAAGUCACUCGGGCGAGCGCCCUUUUUCUUGCUCUGAUUGCGGUAAAUAUUUCACUCGCAGAGAUAGUCUCUAUAGACACAUGAGAAAUCACUAUGGAGAGCCAUAGUCAUGUAUAGAGUGCGGGAAACUUUACAAUAAAAAAUAAUAACGUUCAUAUCGAAGGUGACACAUGGGCAAAUGUCUCUUGUGUGACUGUGUCUCUGCAGCCUCUCCUCCUCCCCUCUCCUGUGUGACUGUGUCUCUGCAGCUUCUCCCCCCUCCCCUCUCCUG